AUGAUUCCAGGUUGCACUGAAAGCAGUUUGUCAGAUAUUUGCCUGAGUAGUUUACAGUCGAUUGAAGAUCAACAAUCAAUUUCUGCUUUGCGGCAAAAUAUUAUUCUGACGGGUGGAUCUUCAUUGUUACCGGGAAUCGGAGAACGCCUUAGAAUGGAACUCAACAAAAACGAGAAUGCUAAUGACCGAGCUAACGUUUUAUUACUGCCAAAAAGACAAUAUGCCGAAUGGCGUGGUGCUUCAACCUUGGUUUCAAUGAAUUCUUCAAAGCAUCGAUGGUUACAGCAAGAACAUUCAAGAACUAUAAUCGUCGCUUUGAUCUGCAUUUUUGGAGUUCACAAAGGGAAAGGGAAUGCUCUACUUGAAGCGUAUUGUGGUACUUCACGUGAAACAAUUGAAAUUCUUGUUCCUCCCGAGAACGUAUUCUAUUCCCAAGCCGAAGAACUCUGCAAAGGAAUUGGCAUGGAAAUAGGAAACAUUUGCACCGUCAAGCAGCACCACUCUUUGCUGUCUCAAAUUGCAGAUAUGAUACCAGAGGGUUAUAUGUCCCUCAGAAUUUGGACAGGAAUGAAAACAGCCCGGAACAAUAGAAUUCUUCUGAAAACUGACAAUCCACCACUUCCUUACAAUGUGAAGAUAGGGCCACUUGAUGAAUUAUGGAGUCCCGCGUUUAGAGGAUCUCGCGCUGAAGGACAACACAUUAUGUUUUAUGUCUCAAAAGAACUCUCGGCACCGGGCUGUAGAGAGGGUGGAGACUCAAAUGCUGAAUUCAUUUUAUUUGACCCUUCAAUGACCGCCGACGGAGUUCUAUGUCGAGCAGUGGUAGACGAGUAAACGGCUUUUAAAUAUCAAUCCAGGUUGAUAAAGAUUACAUUUAUUUGACAACUAGAUUAUCAUUAGCAAGAUGUUUUCUGAAAUGUGUUUGGUGCUAAAAGAUUGUUGUCUAUCUUGUAAUGAAUAAAAUGAAGA